UUUGAACCGUUGAUAGUCAUUGUAAGAUAUACAAGUGCACAUCAUGUGAAAAAAUCUCUGCAAGUGUACUGUGUGUAGUGUCUGUACCUUAAAAUUCUUAAGGUGGAGUUUAGCCUAUACAGACAUAACUCAAUCUCUCCUUCCUUUAAACUUCCAAUAAUGAUUAUAGAUAAAGGCAAACAUCAUUGCUCUCUUUAUCACUAUAAAUGCAAAUGCCCAAACUCUCUCCAUUAAUUGUUUCUAUCCUUACCAAGUUGAAUUUCCAAAAACUAAGUGAUUGAUUUUCAGUAGAAAAAAAGGAAGAUCAACUGAUCGAUCGCAAGGGCACAUGGGAGAGGAGGCAAUUAACAUGGGGGAAGACAUAGCUUUGUCAUCAGAGCCACACUUCGUGCUGGUGCAUGGAAUUAGUGGAGGGAGCUGGUGCUGGUACAAAAUCCGGUGUCUCAUGGAGAACUCAGGCUAUAAGGUCUCUUGUGUUGACCUCAAAGGUGCAGGCAUCGAUCAAGCAGAUGCCAAUUCUAUCCUUUCUUUUGAUGAUUACAAUAAGCCUCUCAUGGAUUUCAUGUCUUCCUUGCCUGAUAAUGAACAGGUGAUAUUGGUGGGGCAUAGCGCUGGAGGGUUAAGCAUAACUCAGGCAACUCACAAGUUGGCAAAGAAGAUCCGACUAGCAGUGUAUUUAGCUGCCACCAUGCUCAAGUUGGGUUUCUGGACGCAUCAAGAUAUCCAAGAUGGAGUUCCUGAUCUAUCCUCAUUUAGUGACGUGUAUGAGCUAGGAUUUGGAUUGGGAUAUGAUCAGCCUCCUACAAGUGCCAUCAUCAAGAAAGAAUUCCAACGCCAAAUCAUCUAUCAAAUGAGUCCACAAGAGGAUUCGACCCUAGCUUCGAUGCUUUUGAGGCCAGGACCGAUCCUAGCAUUACAAGCAGCAAAGUUCAAGGAGGAGGAUGAGGAUGAUAAUGGCGUAGAUAAGGUGAAACGUGUGUACAUAAAGACAACGCAUGAUCAUGUCAUCAAACCUCAGCAACAAGAGGCAAUGAUAAAGAGGUGGCCACCAUCUCAGGUUUAUGUUUUGGAUAGUGAUCACAGCCCCUUUUUUUCUUCCCCGUUUGUGCUCUUUGGCUUGCUUGUAAAGGCAGCAGCUUCUGUCGGAUACAUAUAGGAGAUGACAGAAUCAGAAUCCGGUUCUUUGUUGGUGAGUGACUGAUUGAAUAAAAAGUAUAUGCAUCUACAAAAAUGUAACAUUAUUGAUUAUUCUUUCUGCCAAUAUUAUUCUGCUAGACAUUUGCCCAAGCAA